AUGGUGCUUGAAAUCACCGUCGAGCGCGACUACACCAUCGAAGACCCCAAAACGGACGCCUACACCGUCCACGUGGACACCCAGCGCAUCCUAACCGUCGUUACCCACUCCGAGUCCAUCGUCACCAAAUGGCUCAAGGACGCCCUCAAGUCCUCCAUCAAAUCUGCCGUUAUCGUCGGCAUCACGGCCGAGACCGAGGAGAGGUGGUGCUGGCACGAAAAGGACAGGCACAAGGAGUAUCCGUACGACUUUCUCUGCCUCAACAUCGGGGCCCAAUCCCUCGUCUACGAGACGUGGGAGACAUAUUUCAGAGGCAGACACUCGCUCGUCUCCUUCCUCGAAAACCCUAGGGUUUUCGUCAUCGGCCGCGGAAUGGCCAAUCUCUCCAGGAAGCUCAAGGUUCACCACGGCAUCGAGAUCCGGAACGCCGUCGACGUCAACGAUCUCGCGAUCAGGGGGCUGAGGAGGGACGACCUGGAUCUCGGCCGGUACGAUCUGGAUCAGCUCGCCAGGGCCGUGCUCGGGAAGCAAAUGGACUUGGCUAGGCCUGAGGACGAUUUCUACUGGAAACAUAGGGACGAUGAGUUCCAUCGUUGGACCCAGUGCGACGAGCUGAAGUUAUUCUGGGCCAUUGAUCCCUAUCUGUGCUUCCUGAUCGGUUUGGAGUUGAUCGACGCCAUUGACGGUGCUGCUAGCCACAAGAAGAAGAAGAAGAAGAAGAAGAAGAAUUAA